GCGAGAGAGAUGUAACACGUAGGAUUGUGAAAUGAAAUGGGAAGAUCUUGUCGAUCAAAAAUGGCUGUAGCAGCUUCCAUUUCUAGAGCUCUAACCAGAAAGCUCCGUGUGGUCGAAGGUAUUAGUAGUGGUAGAAAUAAUAGCGUUUCGCUUCCCAGGCCAUGGGACCUACCGCCACUACCACCAUGCUAUUCUUCCUUCUCUACCUCCGCCGUGCCGGAAUCCCAGCCAGCGUCCUCUUCCCAAGCUCCCGGGAAUGAAAGAAGGUCGGGAUGGUCUAAAUUGUUUCUGUUCCUUCCUGGAGCUCUCACUUUUGGACUCGGAACUUGGCAAAUUUUCAGAAGACAGGACAAGAUAAAAAUGCUGGAAUAUAGACAAAAAAGGCUGGAAAUGGAACCCCUGAUGUUUAACGGAAUAUCUCCAUCAGAUGGGAAACUGGAUUCUCUGGAGUUUAGGAGAGUGAAAUGCAAAGGAUUCUUUGAUGAGAAAAGGUCAAUCUAUCUAGGCCCCCGUUCAAGAAGCAUUUCAGGAGUGACUGAAAAUGGCUACUUUGUCAUCACUCCCCUUAUGCCGAUUCCCAACAGCACUGAGAGCAUGCAGUUGCCAAUUUUGGUCAACAGAGGAUGGGUUCCUCGUAGCUGGAAGGACAGAUCUGUGGAAGAUUUGCAGUCUGGAAAACAGCCUUUGGCAACCUCCUCUGUCCAAGAUAGCGAAAGAAGCUCUUGGUGGAGGUUUUGGUCCUCGAAGCGUCAAAAAGUGGAGGUUAAUGUCCCUGCUGUUAAUCCUACAGAAGUUGUUGGAGUAGUUCGUGGAAGUGAGAAGCCUAGCAUAUUUGUUCCAGCAAAUGAUCCAAGCUCCUGUCAGUGGUUCUAUGUCGAUGUUCCUGCAAUUGCUCGUGCCACCGGACUUCCUGAGAAUACUGUCUACAUUGAAGACAUAAAUGAAAAUGUCAAUCCAAGUAACCCUUACCCUGUUCCAAAGGAUGUCAAUACCUUGAUUCGCAGUUCAGUCAUGCCACAGGACCAUCUGAAUUAUACAUUGACAUGGUAUUCACUGUCUGCUGCUGUCACAUUCAUGGCUUUUAAGAGAUUGAGGACCAAAAAGAAUCACAGAUAGCAUUUGUUGUAAGCAACAAUAACUUUUAUGAUCAUAUAUUUUUCUUCUAGUACACUUGCGGGAAACUCCUUGCCGAGGGCUUAUGCACCCCCGGGAUUAGUCGAGACUUUAUCCUAGACACUCGAUGCCAAGAAAAAAAAAAAAGAAGAUAUAUUUUCCCUCUAGAUCACAUCCAUGAAUUUGAUGUGCUAGAACAUGAAGCUGUUAUCCUUCGAUCUCCUGUCCUUAUCAAAAUGAGGCAAAUUUAUUUGUUA